AUGGUCGACUGGGCCAGUUUUAAGCGCAAGUUGGCGGUGCCGAUAGAUGAAGACCCGCUAUACGAAAACACGGUGUGGUGCAAUAGGGACCUUAUUCCAAUCCCUCUGGACAGACGAACCUGGGGAGUUUGGGGCUAUGCUGGUUACUGGAUGGUAUCCGGUUCAUGCAUAUCAGCAUGGACUAUAGGAAGCACUCUUUUGGCAUUCGGGCUAAGUCCCCAGCAGGCAAUUGGAUGCGUUGCUGUGGGCGGAAUAUUCACUGGCAUACUUGCUGUUGCAUGCGGAUGGAUGGGUGAGCGACAUCAUAUCGGCUUUCCGGUUGCCUCACGGUUCUCUUGGGGAAUGAGAGGAUCAUACUGUAGGUUUAAUUCGAUAGCUCCCUGUGAGUAUGCAUUUCGGACUCAUGAAUGGCAAAAGUUCCGGGGAGGCCAGGCAACCAGGGUGCUCGUGGGAGCAGUUAUCCCCGGUUUUGCGCAUAUGAAGAACUCAUUCUCCGAAGGCUCACACCUGCUCACCAAUGACUUUAUUGGCAUGGUCUUGUGGUAUCUUAUAUUCCUGCCUUUAUUGCUUAUUUCUCCUGAAAGACUCCAAAUACCGUUUGGUAUUUCGUUCGUCCUAUUCAGUUCAACAUGUAUCGGCAUCUUGGCUUG